GUAAUGUGCACCAUAGGCUUCUCUCUGCCGUCUGCAUAACGGAGUCGAAAUCGUUAGACAAUCGUUUAGACGUCAAUGUAAUCGUCUUCCAAGUCUUCGGUCGUUUCAAGAGCGAAUAACGACAUUCGGCAGGCAUGGCCAAGCAUCAUCCGGACUUGAUCUUCUGUCGCAAGCAACCGGGAGUCGCUAUCGGUCGGCUGUGCGAGAAAUGCGACGGCAAAUGCGUCAUCUGUGACUCCUACGUGAGGCCGUGCACCCUGGUUAGGAUAUGCGACGAGUGCAAUUACGGUUCCUAUCAGGGACGUUGCGUGAUAUGCGGCGGUCCCGGCGUGUCGGACGCGUACUACUGUAAAGAGUGCACGAUACAGGAAAAAGACAGAGACGGCUGUCCCAAGAUAGUCAACUUGGGAAGCUCCAAGACGGAUCUUUUCUACGAGAGGAAGAAAUACGGAUUCAAAAGAAGAUAAUUACACUUUUUUUACAUAGAACUUUUCCCUAAAUGUAACGUUACGAGAGCAUCAGGUAAUUUAUUAUUUUUAUAAAAGUAUCACAUUACGGCGGCGACACGAUUUCAUUUCGUAAUAUUAUUAGGCAGACGAUUGUGGACACCUUAAUUUUAUAUUUCAAACGUUUUCUUUGGAUACAUUGAAAGCAAUAUAAUAUUCUGACAUAAAAUGUUCUGUAAAAAUAAACAUUCAAUUUGUUACACGACAUACUUCAUUGUACAGUUCUUGCUCUGUAAAUUAUUUCUGAAAACGUAAUAAUUAAAAACGUUAAAAUAGGCGAACACACAGUAAAUUUUUCCAAAGUAAACUUCGCCAAGAUGGAAGAUAAAAUAAAUCUUCGUCGCACAUUUUGUACAAAGUCAAUCGAAGCUAUGAACGUAAGGUACGGUCUAUGUAAUGCAAAAUCGCGGUAUAUAAUAAUAUAAAAAUACGAGCAAACACAUCCAGUCUCUAAAAAAAAA